GGCUGCUGCGGGAGCAGCAAUGAAGGAGCUGGCGCAGGAUCUGAAAAUGGAGUGUGAUAUUCUGGACGCGCUGGAGGCUUUGGGGUACAAAGGUCCUCUUUUAGAUGAAGAUGCCCUUAAUAAAGCAGCAGAAAGUGGUCUGGCUUCAGAUGACUUCUGUGAACUUUGCGUUUGGUUAAGUUCCCAAAUACAACCAUUGUGUGAUCUGGAAGAGAGCCUCUCGUCGACAGCUGAUGGAAAAGAUGUUGAAGGUUUACAGCUGGAGAUGAGCUGUUUUUUAAAAGAACUGGCCUGUCCUUAUUCUACACUUGUAUCAGGAGAAAUUAAAGACCGAUUAAAGAAGAAAGAAGAUUGUCUUAAAGUCCUAUUAUUUUUGAGUACAGAACUUCAGGCUUUGCAAGUCUUGCAUUUCAAAGAACGUAAAACUUCUCAUUUGGCAAAGAAUAAUGAAAUCCAUCAAGAGCUCCAAAUGAUCUGUGAUGCCUUGGGUCUUCCAAAGUUAUCUGACAUUCCAGUCUUGUUAAGCAAUGCAGAAGGAAAGGUUAAGGAUGUUUUAUCAAAAAUUCCAAAUAGAUGUGUGGGUAAACCUCUGCUCAAAACUCCUCUGACUCCAGAUCAAACGGAAAGGCUGGAAAAAAUCAAUGACGCCCUUUGCAGUGAAUAUGAAUGUCGCCGACGCAUGUUAAUGAAACGCUUAGAUGUAACUAUACAGUCUUUUGGGUGGUCUGAUAAAGCAAAGGUGAAAACAGAUGAUAUUGCAAGGAUUUAUCAACCCAAGCGUUAUGGACUGGCUCCUAAAUCAACUAUUUCAUUAGCCCAUCUUCUGGCUGCCCGAGAAGACUUAUCGAAGAUCACAAGAACAAGCAGUGGGAUUACACGGGAGAAGACAGUUUGUGCCAUCAAUAGAGUCUUGAUGGGCAGAGUACCAGACCGUGGAGGCAGACCAACAGAAAUUGAGCCACCACCUCCUGAAAUGCCUCCCUGGCAGAAGAGACAAGAUGGUGGUGGGAGAGGAGGAAGAGGCGGUUGGGGAGGAGGGGGUGGAGGGAGGGGAGGAGGUGGUUUUCAAGGGCGAGGAGGAUACAGUGGGAGAGGUGGAUAUGGGGAGUCCUACAGUGGAAGGGGAGGAGGAUACAGACAAUAUUAAUGUUAAUAAUGCAAAUAGUACUAUUUUCUUCAAGCAGGAAGUGUAGGAUAAAUUAUAGACUGGCUUCACAGCAUGACAUCUGAACCACAUAAACAUCCUUACUGAUAAACUUGCUAUUCAGUGUAACCACUUAUGAUAAAUUUUCUACCUUCUGUUUCUGACAUUCAUUGUCUUCAAAUUGUCCACCUGUGCAGUUGUCCCUCACAACCUGCAUAGACAUGCUUGGAAGCCCCCAGUGUAGAGACUUCAAGUGUUGUGUACAUGCAUUAAAAUGGGCAUAUAUGAACUUGGUCUCCUGUGAUAGCCGAGGAUGUAGGGGAUGUGCAGUUUUCUAUGCAUAUCUGUGUAGAAAAUGUGUCAUGCGUGAAGUUUUCAAUAUUUAGUCACAUAAAGAUCUGACUUGUCAAAGAAGCCAUUGUUUGUUUUUUUGUUUUUGCUUUGAUACUCUGUGCGCGUACCCUUGAGUAUUUGGAUUUUUAUGUAAUGAAGUACUUUUCAGAAAUCUGAAUAGAAAAAUGGAUUUUCUUUUAUGUGUUUAGAUCUCAGUCAUUGUGUU